UUGUUCAUUCUGCGCCUACAUCACGGUAUUGGAUUUGGUUAUUCAUGAGUUCGGAGGCGCACAAUAGCUUUCUUCUUGACAAACGCUGUUACUGGAGACAGAAAUUUCCAGAAUAGGGAAGAAAACGAAUAAUUGUCGAAUACUGCCACUCCUCGUGGCAAUGCAACUGCUGCAUGUCCCACUCUCGUCACAUCCAAUCACGGCUAUUAUCUACACCUUGACUUUACCAUUACUGGCAUCGUCUGUUACAUCUCCUCAAUCCUCCUGGACCAAUUACCUCCUGGACCAAUUACCUCCGACACCGAGUCACGAGUACUAUUCGCAGUCCUUCGUUGAUGUACUCGUAUUGUCAGUUUACUCGCGCUCCACGACUCGCGAAUCCGGCACCUUUGUCACCAAAAGCGUACACAUUGUUCCCCAUCCGCAACCCCUCGGCGUAGACGUCUUAGUGGGCUUACUCGACCUAGUUCACUAAUGGCGUCCUUUGGACGAAUAGGUGGUUUGAAUCCCCGCGGGGACCCAGACGCGGGGCAAUGAAGCGGGCGCAAGUGAUCUGCUACCAAUAAUAAUAAGGCGAAGGGCCUCGCUGUAGAUGA